AUGCUGAACGGCGUGAAAAGUCAAGUCGCGGGCGACGGGGACUCCUUCCGACUGAUUUCCUCGAUGGUCGAAAAGACGAAUAAGUUGGUGAUGCAAUUCAGGGUAAUCAAGAAACAGCUCAUGAAUAGUAAGUCUGGUCCCGAUUUCGGCCGAUAUUCAGAGAGGGAGAAGGAAUUUGACGAGGACGAAGCGCGGAAUCCCUUUGGGGGCGUGCCUGAGGCAGCGGGAAAUGGCAAUAGUCACAGCGCCAGCGACUCAUCGCGACGUAAUGGCUCAAAAGAAAAAGGAAGGGGAGGAAAUACGCACAAGCGGGCGCGAGUGGACGAGGACGUAAACGAGGACAUGGACGUCAUGCAGGCAGAGGUCCAGCCGAUGCAGGCGCAGGAGGACCGGGCAUACGCGGCGAUUUCUCGGUCUUCGAAGCGCAAGCGGCUGGAUCUGGCUAUUCCCGGCGCCGAGCAGGAAGUCGCAGAUGUGUUGCCUGUCUCGUUAGAGACGGAGGAUAUUUCAGAGGAAGUCCAGCGGCGAUUGAAGAUCAAGGAGGAGCGACGCAAGAAGAGAGAUGCUAAGCCCGAAAAGAGGAAAAGGGAUAGUCUUGCGUCGAACGGGAGCGCCACCGCUUCGUCGCCUGGCGUUGUCUCGAGGCCUAGGAAGAAGAAGGUCAAGACUAGUGGUGCAGGAAAGGAGGGGAGCGCUGCGACCCCCAAUUCUCCUUCGCAGGCAGCAGGUGGCAAAUUUGGAGGGAGAAAGCGCGACCCUGAGAUUCUGGACGAAACGUCAUCGACGUCAGAAAUGAAGAAAAGACAGCGAAAAGCUUCCUGA